AUGAGCAUUCCUGAAGGUGAUUACGAAAAGGGGAAACAGAUCUAUAAGCUACGUUGCCUACAGUGCCAUACUAUAAACUCUAUGGCUGCAAGGACAGGUCCUUCCUUGAAUGGAAUAAUGGGCAGGGCUAGCGGUGUUGUGCCUGACUACACAUAUUCAGAGGCAAAUAAGAAGAAGAACAUUACUUGGACGCGCGAGACAAUGUUCGAAUUCUUAGCCAACCCGAAAAAGUUCAUGCCUGGAACGAAAAUGGUGUUCCCAGGGUUGAAAAAACCUGAAGACCGUGCCGAUCUGAUCAAAUACAUGGAAGUUGAAGGUGCCAAGCCCCCAUCGUCAACUAGUGUUCGAGAUAGGCGCGGAUACACCGUAAUCUACGACGCCUCGGCACGAUCCAAUUCACCCACCUCAGUUUUCUUACCAAUGCGCCAAUCAAUCGCGGUGCUCGCGGUGGACAUGAAAAAGCUGCUUUUUUUUAGAAAAAAAUUACGAACGAUCGGUUCUGCUCUUAUGGGAAGGCGAGAGCUGAAAAUAGAAUUGCAAACUUUUAUCGAGUUAGGGACAAAGCCUUCACACGCCAAUGUGCCAACGCACGCCGUUUUGUAUCGUUUAGCAGAGCAGUCAUCUGCUAAUUUUGUGCUACCUUCGCAUCAAUUUGGAGCUAGUUAA